AUGCUUCUGUUCAAUAGCGCUAACUGCCAAGUGGCAGGUUUUGCUAUCGCCACGGUCGGAUGGAUCCUCACCACCACUUCUAUGGGCCUCGUGGAGUGGAGAGUAUGGUACCUGGACAACACCUCUCUCUUUCCCUCUGGCCUGGUGUGCGUGGGAAUGUGGAAAGUCUGCAUUUACCACCACAUCAGCAACUAUAACAGAGCCACAUUUUGCCACCAUUACAACUACCGUGAUACUUACCUCCCUCUUGAUAUUCGUGUUUCUCAAAAUCUCCUGCUGGUCGCCAGCAUUCUAGGCCUUUUAGGGAGAGCCUCCCUCAUCUUUGCACUUAGAAAUGCGUGCAUGGGAGCUCUUCAGAAGAAUGCCACCUUCAAUCCAUUUGUUGCGUCAGGAAUUCUGAACCUGGCUGCUGGCAUCUGUAUCUCAAUCGCUGUGGUCUGGAAUUACCACUCCGUGAUGAAUGAAGAAGGUAUUACCUUCCCCCCAUCUCUCUCUAUACCCUUCAAGCCAAAUACUCAGGAGAUUGGCAAUGCCUUUCUGGCGGCAUGUCUGGCUGCCUUCAUGAUGAUGUUAAGUGGGUUACUUUUCCUCUCUUACAAAUUCCCCAUGGUUAGCCAAGUGCAUCCUCAAACUUCAGAGAUGUAA